AUACUAAAGCUUUAAUAAAUUUCAAAUAAAUACAAUUCACUGCAUUUUAUUUGAACAAGUUUUUAUUCUUACCGACUGACAAAUAAAUCUUCGGUAAGUUAUGAUUUGUUGAUAAUUACUUUGUACAUAUAUAUGUAUACUAUUACUUAAGCCGUAAUUGAAAUUUAUCCUUGAUAAAUUGUGGGGGAACUCAUAAUGUGUAGACAUACGCGAGUGUACAGUCAACAUAAAUUAGUUGCUUGCUUUAGUAUAUUCAUUCUAACGUCAAUAAAACAAAAUCAAAUCUAAAUCUUUGAAUAAAUAAAAUAAUAACUAGUCAAGCGUUUUUUGUGUUGUAUAUACAAGUUUCAUAGAUAACAGAUAACGCGCAACAACGACGAUUGUUCUCUAAAUCAUUUCUUCGUUAUUUUGAGAAAGUAUCACAUCUUUAUCUUGAUUAAUCAUAAAUUAUUACGGAUAACAGCGAAAAAAUUGAUUUAAACUUGCAAAAUAAAUAUGUCCUCAAAUUUAUCUUCAUCUGAAAUCAAAGAUUUGAGUGUUGUUCCGAACAGAAGACAAUUUUUCGAUUUAAGUGAUGAAAUGGAUGGCGCGGAAAUUAUUUUUUCCGUAACUGAAGGAACGUUACGGUACACUGUAAAAAACAUAUCAAAAAUGAAAACACCUCAAUAUUCUUCAAUGUGGGUAAUACGCAAUUUACCUUGGAAAAUUAUGGUCCAUCCGGUAUCUAGUGGUGGAUUAAAAAAUCAAUCACCCGAAUCACUUGGGUUUUUUCUUCAAUGUGAUACAAAGGAUUUAUCGAAUAGUUGGGGCUGUGACGCCGUUGUUGAGUUGCGUUUGUUAUCAAACAAAAAAGGCGAAAAACCUUUUACUCGAAGAAUUCAACAUUUUUAUUAUAGCUUAGAAAGUGAUUGGGGUUUUACACAUUUUAUACCAUGGAAAGAUCUUCUAGAUCCAGAAAAUGGUUAUAUUGAAGAUAAUUCUAUAACAGUUGAGGCUCAUGUAGUUACCGGAGAACCUAUUGAAAUUGAUUUAGAAAAACUCAAAUUUUUAGAAGACAGUGUGACUCAGCGUCGAGAAUCUUUAAGCACUAGUGAUGGAGAUAGCAGUAACCCCAAAGGCGAUUCCGAUUCCAGUGUUGAUACGAUAAAGCCAGUUAAGAAGAAAUCGAUAGGAAAACUCCGGUACACUGUAAAAAAUUUAGCGAGAUUGAAGAAAUGUGAAUAUUCACCUCCAUUUAAUAUCAAUAAUUUGUCUUGGCAUAUAGUAGUAAAACCAAAUGUCCGCAGUGAAGAAAAAAAUCAGCAAGAGAAAUACGUUGGCGUUUAUGUAAAAUGUGAUGGUCUUGGAAAUUCUUCUCCGUGGUUGGUGUAUGCUUCUGUAUUUAUGCGCGUGAUUCCGGUUAAAGAAGAUGUUGAUGGUUUCGAUAAAGUUUUUAGCCAUUAUUUUACUUGUGAAGAAGUCACCUGCGGUAUUUCUUAUUUUUUACCAAUAGACUUUUUAUUAAAUCCAGAAAAUGGCUUCAUUACUGAGAAUGGAUCUGUAACAUUUGAGUCUCACAUGUUUGUUGACAAAUGUCAAGGUAUUACCUUAGAUUCUCGAAGAUUUUUCAGUGCGAUUGACCCGAAUGAAUGCAAUGCUGAAUCUGAGGUAGUAUAUAAAUUUAAAGUCGAUCAGAUUUCUACUUUGGAAGAAUCGCGAUUAUCACCAACAUUUAAAUUGCACGGCUUAUCAUGGAGUAUAAUAAUUUCUCCAGAAGUAAUUUAUGACCAUUGUGACGAACCUAUUGAAACACUUGGAUUUUUUUUACGAUGUCAAGGACUACCAUUAUUAAAAAAUUGGUGCUGUUAUGCGGCAGCUGAGCUACGUUUGUUGUCAAUCAAACCUGAUCAACAACCAUUUUCACGAAGAAUUUAUCAUAUUUUCAACAAUUUUAAAAAAACCUGGGGUUUCAAAGAAUUUUUGCCGUGGAAACAAGUUCUGGCCCCAGAAAACGGAUAUACUGUUAACGAUUCUAUCACUGCUGAGAUUCAUGUUCUAGCAGAACCUCCGUACAUAAGUAAAAUGAAGAGAUAUAACAAUAAAUUACCACUAAAGUUACUUAAUGUUAUUGAUGAAGAUGAAAGUUCAAUACCUACACCAGGAAGACAAGAAGAAAAAUUAAUAAUUAAUAAUUUGUUUUCUUUUACUUGCAAUGAUCCAAAAAAUAAAUCAGAUGAAAAAAUGCCUGAAGUUAAGUUUCAGUUUAUUGUACAAAAUGUAUCACAGUUAUCAGAAGUAUUAUAUUCACCGCAAAUUGUCGUCAGUAAUUUAUUAUGGAGGAUGAAAAUUGUCCCCCGAAUCCGUGAAAGCAUCCUUCAAGCGGAAAUGUUAGCUUUCUUCUUAGAAUGUGGACCGAUAACUGAAACGAGUAAACCUUGGUGCUGUUAUGCAAAUGCUACACUACGUUUAUUAUCUUGCCAAAAAGACAAGCCAAAUCUCAGUAAAAAAAUUCAACACCUUUUUAAUCCAAAAGAUGCUAGCUCGGGUUGUAUUGAAUUCAUUCGAUGGGAUGAUUUAUUAGAUCAUGAAAAUGGUUUUAUCGAAAAUGAUACCGUGACAUUCGAGAUUGAUUUGAUUGCGGAUCCACCAUACAAUAUUAAUUCGAGCAAAAAAUCUUCAAAUUCGGAUUAACUUCUUAACUGAAUACAAAGUACUUUUUAUGAUAAAUUAUUAUUGUAUGAUAAAUAUUAAAAACUUUAUAGUUACAUACAUUAACUUACUAA